GUCACAUGACUCACAGCUAGCAACUGAGUUAGCAGAUGUAGCCCAGGAGCGAAACAAACCUGCUUCGUAACGCCUGUUUUAAAUUUGACGAGUGGAAUGACAUUUAGAUCGUAAUGGUAGACAGCUUAUUUUUCGGAAACCCAUAACUUAAAGAUGAACGCCUUGGUGGCACUUUGUCACUUCUGUGAACUUCAUGGUCCCCGUACGUUGUUCUGCACGGAGGCGCUGCACCCUCCAUCCCCAGAUCCUUCCUCGCAGACAGGGGCUUCCCUGGCCGGGGAAAGAGAUGGUGAUAGGGAGGGUGAAGGACUGACGAUGAGAGCCAACACUUCAGCCUCUCAGAGAGGCGAGAUGUGUGAGGGAUGCCGAUCCUUACCUGCUUCUCACCCAGGUUUUGUGAGCAUUGAUGAUGAGACAGGUAUUCGGUUUCUAAGCCACCAACACCCCAGACAGUCCCAGCUCUUCAGCGUGGUUCGCCAGGCUUGUGUUCGCAGCCUGAGCUGUGAGGUUUGCCCUGGACGUGAAGGGCCAAUUUUUUUUGGAGAUGAGCAACAUGGCUUUGUGUUUUCACACACGUUCUUCAUCAAGGACAGUCUUGCCAGAGGAUUCCAGCGCUGGUACAGUAUUGUCAUGGUUGCCAUGGACCGGAUCUACCUCAUCAACUCCUGGCCCUUCCUAUUACGCCACUUAAAACUCACAAUACAUAGUCUGCAAAGCACAGCCCUGAAGGUGUUUGAGAGCGAACAAGGAGUGUGUCCCCAGAGAGCCAUGCGGAUGAACAGUGCGUUCUCACCUGCAGUUUUUCCACACCAAAGGAGCGGGAACGCUGCUCGGUCACUUACAUCUCUCACACAGCAUACUAACCUCUGGGCCAGCCUCCACUCUUCUUUUAGUUGGUUACUGAAGGCCUGUGGCAGUCGUCUGACUGAAAAGUUGCUCGAAGGAGCCCCAACUGAAGAUACACUGGUGCUAAUAGAGAGACAGACUGAGCAAGACGAGGAAAUGAGCUGCUGGGAGGGAGCAGAUGGAGGUGGCCCUAAGCCACUUUGGCACCAAACAGAAAGCGAGCUGGGCCACGACUUUCAUACUGAUGAGGCCAAAUUGGAUGAAUUGCCUGAUCCAAAGUUCAGGUCACUCAGACACCUGAGACAGGUUCUUGGUGUUGCUGAAUUUCGGCAGUUAGCAUGGCAUGUGCUCAUGGGAAAUCAGGUCAUAUGGAGAAGUGCUGACCCCGGUCUCAUCAAAUCUGCCUUCAUCGUCCUCAAGUCCCUGUUACCUGUUGGCUGUGUUCGAUCUGUGCCAUACAGUUCUCAGUAUGAGGAGGCCUACAAAUGCAACUUCCUGGGUCUUAGUCCAGACGUAUCCAUCCCAAGUCACGUCAGCUCUUCAGAGUUUUCAGUGUUGGUGGAUGUCAGUUCCAACCCAGGCAGUCAGAAUUCUGUUGUAGAUGGAGAGGCAAUCUCUUCUGCUUAUCAGUUUUCCAUCACUAGUGCGAGCACGCAACCCACUGAUAAAGGACCUACCUUACUGAACAAACUGGAGGUGGCACUGUCCAAUGAGAAUUUGUCUGUGGAGGUGGUGUCCCAUUGUCUGCUGUGUUUGAAGGAGGAGUGGAUGAAUAAAGUCAAAGUGCUGUUCAAAUUCUCCAAAGUAGACCAACGAUCCAAGGAGGACACACAGAAGAUUUUGGCCCUCCUUGGCACCACAGGGCCGGGCGAGGAGGACAACGUCAGACUCCUCAAGUUCUGGAUAAGUGGACUUAGUAAAACUUACAAGAGCCAUCUCAUGACGGCUGCUCUCGGGGGUGAGAGGAGCCCCAGCCAGUGACAGGAGCUGGAAGAGCUGAAUGGGCACUUUGAAAGUGAAGGGGUGGAAUGAAAAGUGAAACUAUUUAUCUAACCCUAUUUUUGUUGAUUAUGUGGGACUUUUAGGGGAAUUAAAAAGGACUGUGAAUGAAUGUGACAAAGGAUGUAGCGUAUCUAUUGUUGUCUUUUAAGUAAUUAUGUUCUGUACCCAGAUGGUUAUCCAACACUGAUUAUCAUUUUUGGUUUACAUAAUAGAUCGGGAUUCAUAUGUCAAAGGGGUUUACUGUGUACAAACAUGUCCAUAUCGGUUUCAUUUGCUAUUAAAGGUGUGAUUGCACUGCUUUGCUCAUUUUCUUAAAUCAAGUGUUAUGAUUCUUUAUUCCUCCCUUGGCACCAUCUGGUGGUGAAUGAGUGCGAGCUGCACUCCUCCAUCUGCUCCCUCUCACUUGUCCGAGUGGCCUUCAGCCAACAAGUCUGAAUGGGUGUAAGUCAACACUUUGUCUGGUGUCCUAAAAUGUACAUAAUGUUUGCAUACCAGAGCUCCGGUCCAGUGCCGACGACCACAUCAACGGGUCUGGCCUCCUAAUGAGCUGCUCCUACACAAAAACAUAAGUCAGCUAUUCAACAUACUGCAGUUAUGUGCUCGCUGUCUUUUAUUUACUGGGCAGCAAACUUCAGCAAAGUUACAUAAGGGUUUGUUUAAGUCUACGCAGGGGGUGUUGUUGAAGUUUACAAGUUUGUUUCAAGCAUUCC